UGUGAGGAGGGGGCUUCUCGAUGCAAGACCUGUACCAAAGCGGCCCCCCUUCCUCCUCCCUUCCAGACCUGCCGUGGGAAGUGUGCCGACUCCCAUGCCUCACCUGGACUUUGCCGAUAGACAAAGACACUCUCAGCCACCCCUCCUUAGCGUGACCUGGGAGGCAGGACGCUGCCGGGAACUGGCAGGCCACACCUGCCUGGGUUCCCCGCCCAAGGCCACUUGUCUGCUGGCCUGGAGACAGGUCUGGCUGACCUAUGUUUCUUAGAAAAGGAACUAUUGCUUCUGGAUGCGCUAGCGGCCUCUGAGAGCAAGCUGACUUUAAGGCCCUUGGCCUUGGCUGGUGCAGGGGUGCAGGAGUGGCCAGGCGGAUGAGCCCCCAGGAGAGUUCUGUCCACCCUUUCCAAUUCCUCCUGUUGGUGGGGAUCCCUGUGGCCAGCGCUUUCCUUCUGGUUCAGUGCCUUCGCCGGCACUGUUCUCGGUGGCUGCCAGGGGCCUGCCAGAAGCCAGAUGACCAGGAGGAGACAGUGUCCCCACCCACUCCGUCACCAGAGUACGAGCUCCCAAGGCAGAGCCCACCCUCCACACUACCCGAGGUGGCUGCAUUCUACCAGGAACUGCACACGCCCACCCGGGGCCAGACCAUCACGCGCCAGCUGAUGCAUAAGCUGCUGGUGUAUUCUGCUCGAGAGGUGGACCACCGUGGUGGGUGCCUGAUGCUCCAUGACACGGGCAUUUCUCUGCUCAUCCCACCAGGUGCUGUGGCGGUGGGUCGGCAGGAGAGAGUGUCCUUGGUCCUGGUGUGGGACCUGACAGAUGCACCAUCAUUAUCUCACAGACAGGGACUCGUGAGUCCUGUGGUGGCAUGUGGCCCUCAUGGGGCCUCUUUCCUGAAGCCUUGCACCCUCACAUUCAAGCACUGUGCCCAGCAGCCCAGUCAGGCCUGUGUCUACAGCAGCAACACUUCCUUGCUGGAUGCCAAGCACUGGAGGCCUCUGAAUCGGCCGGGGGCGUACACCUCCCGGGAUGAGUGUCGUAUCCUGCUCUCUCACUUCAGCCUCUACACCUGUGUUCUGGAGGCACCUCUGGGCCAGACAGCCCGCAAGUGGCUGCAGCUGGCAGUGUUCUGCUCUCCGCUGGCCCCGGGGCAGACCCACCUGCAGCUGCGCGUCUAUUUCCUGAACAACACCCCCUGCGCCCUGCAGUGGGCUAUCACCAAUGAGCAGCCCCAUGGCGGACGCAUGCGCGGGCCCUGCCAGCUCUUCGACUUCACUGGGGCCAGAGCAGACCAGUGCCUGAAGCUCAAGUACAUCUCUGAGGGCUGGGAAAACGUGGAUGACAGUAGUCGCCAGCUGGUUCCCCACCUUCAUAUCUGGCAUGGAAAGUGCCCCUUCCGUUCUUUCUGCUUCAGGAGAAAGGCAGCCAAUGAGAAUGAAGACUGCUCAGCAUUGACCAAUGAGAUCAUUGUCACCAUGCAUACCUUCCAGGAUGGCUUGGAAACCAAGUACAUGGAGAUCCUCAGAUUCCAGGCGUCGGAGGAGGAGUCCUGGGCAGCACCACCUCCUGUCUCUCAGCCACCCCCCUGCAAUAGGCUGCCCCCGGAGCUCUUUGAGCAGCUGCAGAUGUUACUGGAGCCCAACAGUGUCACUGGGAAUGACUGGCGCAGACUGGCCUCCCACCUGGGGCUCUGUGGCAUGAAAAUCCGGUUUUUGUCCUGCCAGCGCAGCCCCGCCGCGGCCAUCCUGGAGCUGUUUGAGGAGCAGAAUGGCAGCCUGCAGGAGCUUCACUACCUCAUGACCUCCAUGGAGCGGUUGGACUGCGCCUCGGCCAUCCAGAACUACCUGAACAGAACCCCCCGGGGCAGCCCUGCCACGAUGCACGGAGGCACCUGGGAGAACGGUGGCUUAGAGCUGGAUGAGAAACUCUAAGCACGCCCCGCGGGGCCUCGCGGGGUCCUGCAGUAGACCUGGCCAUGCGUAUGAGCUCAGGGUCAAUGCCGCAGACGCGCGUGGACCGAACAGGACCCCCAGUGAGGCCAGACAGCCCUGUAUCAGGACUGCUCUCCAUCCGGCUGGCCAACUUUGUCCUGAGUGCAGGUUCCCUCCUGGCCGGUAGGGGGCGCGAGAGUCUGGGAGAUGACCACAGCCCAGCCAGCUUCCAAAAUGCGGUUUAAUUUUCUCGUGGACGGCCAGGUGGCCCUGCGGGCACACUGAGGUGGAGACGGCUCAGUCCACAAGUAUUCAAGGAGCACCGAGUCUCAAGUCUCAGCACCAAGCUGGAAUCGUGGGGAGUGACGGCUUCUUUGAACUUGCCCUGGGGAGUCUGUUCUGCCGAAUGGAGAUGCGCUCACCACCAGCUGAGAGCAACAUUCUAGAAAGCGCCUCCCUAUGGCUAGGGGAUGCGGUGGCUGUGGAACUGUGCAUAGCUUUGAGUUGAGAAGGGAGGGCGCUGAGAUGGGCUGGAGCAAAGACAGGUCUCCAGAGAGAACCUUGGGAGAGAGCAUUGGGUGGGGCUUGGGGAACAGGGUGGAUGCAAAGAGGGAAGCACGAGUGGGUGUCGAGCUGCCUUCAUGAGCUCACCUGAUGGGUGCGAGGGAGGGUGGCCGCGGGGUCCAGGCCAGAUCCAGAGGCAGUCAUACCUACUGUCCUUCAGCUCCUGUCCCUUCCCAUGGAGUUCACAGCUGUCUUCCUCCUCUGCCGGUCUCUCUCACCACACAUGAAGCUGAGAACCCACCCUCCGUCUCUGGCUCCUCCCCCGCAGUUACCCCCUUUCAGAGGCAGUCUGUCAUUCUGUGGCUCAGGUCUUUUUUGACUGCUUUUUCUCUAUCCAGUCAUGGAACGCCCCCCCCCACCUUUUUGUGUUCCUUUCUUUCUUAAAACAAAUCCCCAGUCACUCCCUCAGGCGAGUGUCUCCAAACGAAUGCUAUGCAUCAAGGCUACUGAAAGAGCCCCAAUUAUUCCAGGAGUGAAUGAGUAGAGAUUUCCCCCACAGAUCAAGAUCUCCCUUAGGGUCAGGAAGUAAAAACUAGAUUAAGGGACACUCCACCCAGUCAACAGGUCCAGCUGUUAAUACUCUUGCUUACCAAUAGUCUUGUUAGUUUGUCCAAAGGCACACAAUCUCUCUGGAAGCGCUAACAAUUCACUUCUCUAUUUGCGUAAACUAUUGGUACUUUUUAAUGGUGAGCAAUAUUAAUUAGUAAAACAUGAAAAUGCCUUUCUUCAUAACUAUGUUUUACCAAGACUGAUAAAUUUGGAUAUAGGUAUGACUUUUUAAUACAAUUUUAAGUUUCCAGUGACGCGUAGGUGUGUGUAUAUGUGAGUGCAGGUGUCAGCGG